UUUCUGCAAGAUAUCACCAUGCUGCUGAAGGUGAGAUACCAGAGUACCAAGAAGUACAUCCGAUUACAGCUAGGUUUCACCUAUUUGGAAUUCAUCACUGCAGAUGGUAGAAAAUGCCUUGCUCACCAAACCUGGAGGUGAAGAUGUCCUUGAAGAGUACAAGUCAGGAAAUUCGCUGAAGCACCGCACCCGUAGACAGCUUGUCAACAUAUUGGCCAUAUGACUGAAAUGGAUGGGUAAGUGUUUCUUCAAAAUAUUGUAGAAUUUAUUUCCACGUUUUUUAGACGUCAAAGGACUCGUGAGUUGUGCACAUCUUUUAUUUAAACUCUAGUCCUUAAUUUGGUUGGAUGUAAGUAGUUAUCAGCACACACACCUUUUGCUUAAUUUUUAUUAUUGUUGGCAUCUGUAUGAUCAACAGCUGAAUCAAGACUUCACGCUGCUGUUUGGUGCUGAGACGGCUUCCAAGAUGCUCGAGAAGUGGGAUACAGCAUUCAAGCCCACGGUCAUCAAAGAGGCCAAACACCUGACUCCGUCAACUGAGCUGUGCCAACUUCUGACAGCUGCAGAGAACCUUCCAGAAGAUGAUCAUACCGACGGGGACAGUGACAUGGCUUCUCUGCUGCUGCUUCUCCAUCUCUUGCCACCCACAGCUGGACGGAAGAGGAUCAAAAUAAGUCCCAGUGAUGCAGUGGGAAAAAUGUUGCAUUGUCACAAGUCAUGCUGCAGCAUCAGUGAACACCUGCUGGGAAGAGAGGCUAAACAACCGUACAUCCUUGCUGUUGGCCGAAACAAAAACAGAAUCGAUGCCUUCUACAUCGUUGUGGAUAAACGGCUCAUCCCCUGCCAAGCUACGAGCUCGUUGGGUGCUUUUGAUGAACUAUUUAAAUCCCACUACGUGUUCAACCUGUCUUACGAUGAAACUUUGGUCCCACUCUUCACCUUUGUGCAGACAACAGUCUACAACAUCGAUAUUACAACAACAGAUCAGUCUCCAAGAGUACGUGAGUUCUGGGCGAAGGUCUUGCACGUGGUUUAAAAAUGAAGUGUUUCAUUUCUGGUGUUGUACAUGCGGCCUGCCAGGAGUUGAUUUUUGUAAAUGUGCAUGAUGGUGCUUUGAAGAUAUUUUCUGAAUAAAAUAAAAAGAAUUGUAUCAAUAA